UGAUUUGCUCCCAUAAAGUACUCGCUAGGGUUUUAGAAUAGAGCCCCUUUUUAUUUUACACAGUCUCUAGGCGCGGCUGCUAACCCUGAGCUCAAAGCCAUGCCUUACGUUAAAGCUCAAAAGAGUAAGUCUUACUUCAAGAGAUAUCAAGUCAAGUUCAAGAGAAGGCGAGAGGGCAAGACGGACUAUCGGGCCAGGACCCGUCUUAUCAAUCAGGACAAGAAUAAGUACAACACCCCAAAAUAUCGAUUGGUUGCACGAUUUUCGAACAAGGAUAUAAUUGCACAAGUUGUACAUGCUAGUAUUGCUGGUGAUAUAGUUCUUGCAGCAGCUUACGCACAUGAGCUUCCUCACUAUGGACUUGAAGUUGGCCUUACAAAUUAUGCUGCAGCUUAUUGUGUUGGACUCCUUUUGGCUCGCCGAGUACUGAAACAGUUGGAGAUGGAUGAUGAGUAUGAGGGAAAUGUUGAGGCAACUGGGGAGGACUUCACUGUUGAGCCAGCAGAGAGCAGGAGGCCUUUCCGCGCUCUCCUUGAUGUUGGUCUUGUCAGAACAACCACUGGUAACCGUGUUUUUGGUGUUCUCAAGGGAGCUUUGGAUGGUGGAGUUGAUAUUCCUCACAGUGAGAAGAGGUUUGCUGGAUUUGACAAGGACAGUAAGCAACUUGAUCCCGAAGUUCACCGGAAAUACAUUUUUGGUGGCCAUGUUGCUGCAUAUAUGAGGACUUUGAUGGAAGAUGAGCCAGAGAAGUACCAGUCUCACUUCGGUGAGUACAUAAAGAGAGGCAUUGAGCCUGAAAACAUGGAGGGAAUGUACAAAAAGGUUCAUGCUGCUAUUCGUGCAGAUCCAACAUGUAAGAAAUCUGAGAAGGAACCUCCCAAGGAGCACAAGAGGUACAACCUGAAGAAGCUGUCUUACGAGGAAAGGAAGGCUAAGUUGAUUGAUAGGUUGAAAGCUCUUAAUUCAGCUGAUGCAGUUGAAAAUGAUUCUGACGAGGAUGAUGAUUAAGCCGAUGGUUUUGGGCAUAUUUUGCCCGCCUAUCUCUUUUAUUUUGCUGCUAUUACUUGCGUCAAAAACCAAAAUCUUGGCUUGUUUGUUAGGGAUGAGAAACUAGACUUUUUGGCUGUGGAACUUCUUCUUUUUUGGGGUUGCUUUUUCAGUUAUUUGGUACCUUUAUUAUAUAAGCACUAUUUGCCAUGUCAAAAUCUUCAUUCCGAUUACCUUUUAAUAUCUGUCGACAAUUUAAAAUGUUGAUCUAUUUAUAACCUUCCAUGGGGACUAUAACUCUA